AAUAAAGCAAAAACUACAGCCCGAUGUACCAACGGAUAUAAUACCCAGUGCCGGAAAGAAAGGAGGCAAGAACAAGAAACGACAGGUUACAAAUUCAGAUGAGCUUAUUAACCCUGGCAUUCAGGAAUCCAAUAGUGUGAAUAUUGAUGUACAAAUCAGUGCCUUAGAAGUUGGUGGCUCCUCGAUACCUUGUAAUUCUCGUAUCACUAUCGAUAAUAUCAUUAUGUCACGAAUUUUAGCACCAAUUUCCCAAUUUACAAACUCUUCGA